AUGGCGGCUCAGCCAGUGACAUCGGUCAAAGACCAGUCCUUGGACGAAUGCGUCAAGGAGAUCAUCCUGGCAUCAUCCUUACAUGACCUUGAAAAGCUGGAAGUGUACAUUGACCAACAUUCCUUUCCAGAUUGCAAGGUUGUUGACGUGCAGGACGGGGAAACAGGGCAUUCGCCUCUACACGCAGCGAUCGCGUCGUGCCGGCCUGCAGUCAAUGGAAGUGUGGCACAAGACGAAGGCGCUAAAGGGGAGGAUGUCGCUGCGACGACGGUCAAAUUCCUGUUGGAGAACGGUGCUAUCUGGAAUCAGGUCGACCAUAACGACGAGACUCCAGGCUGCUUAGCUUACCGACUCGGUCUGUUCGACCUAUAUCAGCUCAUGGUCGACGCGGGCGUCCGCGCCGAAAUGCUACUUAGUCGUCUCGAAGAGUAUGGAAGACUGAACGACGAUGAGAGCGAUGAUGAAGAUGACGGCACGGAAGCAGAGGCCGAGGAGGAGGGAGAGACUGGCGAGAAUCAUGAGCCGGAGACUGUGGACCAGACCCAGACAGCCACCGUUUCGACGGCCCAGGACGUGAGCAGUUCAUUCUAUCUCUCGUCUGCCCUGGCCCUCAGCAACAACAAGCUUCUCGACGACCAGCAGAAUGGCGUGAUGAUGGCAUGGGAAAGCGACAUCAUGCGCCGGUCGGCAGAUGCUCUGUUAUCGGAGCCAGGCAUGCAGAUUCUGAACAUUGGUUUCGGAAUGGGCAUCAUCGACUCAUACAUCCAAGACCACGUCAAUGCACCAGCAAGUCACCACAUCGUCGAGGCCCACCCGGCCGUUUUGGCGGAGAUGCGGGCCAAAGGGUGGAUGGAGAAGCGCAAUGUCGUCGUACACAGCGGGAAAUGGCAGGAUGUCCUUCCACAACUCGUCGCCGAGGGCGAGACCUUUGAUGCCAUCUAUUUCGACACCUUUGCAGAAUCAUACUCCGACUUUCGAGACUUCUUCUCCGAGCAGGUGAUUGGUCUACUGAGUCAGAUUGGCAAGUGGUCCUUCUUCAACGGUAUGGGUGCGGAUCGACAAAUCAGCUACGACGUCUACCAGAAAGUCGUUGAAAUGGAUCUCUUCGAAUCUGGUUUUGACGUGGAAUGGGACGAUGUCGCUCUGCCCGAUCUCGACCAGGAGUGGGAAGGGGUCCGGCGGAAGUACUGGAACGUGCACAGCUACCGGCUCCCAGUCUGUAAAUUCAUGGACUGA